AUGGAUUUCCUUAAGAAGGCUGCUGAGAAGGCUACCGGUGGUGAGCACCAGCAGGAGAACCACAACAACCAGCAGAACGAUGACUAUGUUGACAAGGCCUUUGCUGCCGGUGUGAGCAAGUCUGGUUACAACAUCGACCGCAGCAUGCAGGAGAAGAUUACUGACGCUGGUCGUGAGGCAUAUGAGAAGGCUACUGGCAACAAGGUUUCUGAGAAGAUCUCCAACUAG